ACCUUUGGGGAAGCCCUUCUGGAAAUUUUCACAAAAUUGGAAAGUAGCAGAAAGGAAAAUCAGUGCAGAUUUCUUGUGGCAUCCUGACAAAUCAAUUGUUUCAUAUAUCUUGAAAGACGGAUCGUCAAUUGAUGAUAUGAUUGAAGAACAGCUGCCAAUUAUAUGUAAAUGUUGAAGAAAUUGUAGAAUGACCAUUAGUUUAACCUCCCAUCAAUGGUCUAGAUGCCUCCACUAAUGCUGCCAAGGAUGUUUGCUGCACUACGGAAACCAUUUCUUCUUUCGCCUUGCAUUCUACACAGAAGUUAUGCUGCAACAGUGUGGCCAACAUCAACUACUGGAAUAGCUUCCCUCUUAUCCAAAAGUAUGCCAGAUGAUAGCUUGAAGAAACAUUGCCAAAUGGUAUUUGAAAGUGGUGUCAAGUCAGUCCUACCUAAACAAAUGGUGUUUAACAAUUUAAAGAUAGAGGAUGGUGUGAUGACUGUUCAGGAUCGUGAAUAUUCGCUGGAGCGUAACGUCUAUGUUGUGGCCUUUGGUAAAGCUGUUAUCGGAAUGUGUCGCGCUGUGGAUGAUAUGUUGAGGGAGCACAUUGUCCAAGGAGUUGCUAGUGUCCCCUUGGGUAUCCAGGAGACGUUCGGUCAGUGUGGAAAACAAGAGUUUCUACUAGAGCCAGGGAGUAAGAUUCAAGUUUUCGAAGGUGCUCAGAACAAUCUCCCCGAUGCCAACUCCCAUGCCACUGCCAUCAAGAUCCACAAAUUAGCCCAAUCACUUACAGAGAAUGACUUGUUGCUUGUACUUAUUUCUGGUGGAGGGUCGGCUCUGCUGCCUGCCCCUAUUCCUCCGAUAAAACUUGAAGAGAAGGCCAGCGUUACCAAGCUAUUGGCUAAGAAUGGUGCUAAUAUACAUGAACUCAACACAUUGAGGAAACAUCUAAGUCUGCUGAAGGGAGGUGGCCUGGCAAAUGUGGCCUAUCCAGCCAAUGUGGUGUCCCUGAUUCUCUCCGAUGUCAUUGGCAACCCCCUGGACCUUAUUGCCAGUGCCCCGACUGUACCAGACUCGUCAACUGCUCACCAGUGCCUUGAUUUGCUGCAGACCAUGAAACUGGAAGACUCCAUCCCAGCCUCGAUAAAGAAAGUAUUGAGACAACAAGAUGAGGCCGAUCGUGACAACAGUUCUCUGCCACAUUUAAAGAAAGGUGCUCAGAAAGUGGACUUUAGUCAUGUACAAAAUGUAAUUGUUGGCAGCAAUUCUAUAGCUGUAAAAGCAGCGAAGAAGACUGCUGAAGGUUUAGGGUAUACAGCCACAGUUUUGACAACUACUUUAGAUGGCGAGGCGCAGAAGGUCGGAGUCAUGUUGGCACGGUUGGCCAAGUUUGUCUGUUUGUGCCAUAAGAAUAAAGCUGCGCCUAAUUCUGCGGGUAAAGAGCUGACAAAGAGUGAAAUAAGUCUGUUUUCCUCUGGAUUUGAGAAAACUUGUUCGAAUGAGUUGGCAAGAUUGGCAGCCGAGGCCGUCAUGCACGAUACUCCCAUCUGUAUCAUAUGUGCAGGGGAGACCACUGUGCAGGUACGCGGGAAGGGGGUGGGUGGCCGCAACCAAGAAAUGGCCCUGGCAAUGGGAAUAGAAAUGAAUGAGAUUUUCCCGCUGUCCAAUUUGAGUGAGAGUUAUAGUGUCGAAUUCCUUAGUGCCGGCACUGAUGGUAAGGAUGGGCCUUGUGACGCAGCGGGAGCUUUUGCUGAUCCAAGCCUGUACCGGCGGGCGGAGCAAGAGGGGUUAAACACCUACAAAUAUCUGAACGAAAAUGAUUCAUAUAACUUUUUCAAGGUGCUAUCUAAGGGAGCUGACCACUAUGUAACGGGUCACACUGGUACUAAUGUAAUGGAUGUACAGAUUUUGCUCAUUAAGCCUGUGCAAACUCAAACUAAUACGAAACAUUGAUUGAAAAAGAGAAACAAGUAAAACAGUGUAUAAACAAAAUACUGCACCAGUGUGCAUAUAGUAAAAAUAACCGGGUUGUGAGCACUGCUUUGAUAAAGAAACCGUGACAGCCCCACUGUUUCUGUGUGAGUUACUGAAAAUUCUCUCCUCUCUCAAGCAUGUCCCAAAGCGGGCAGAAUUGUAUCGGGAGUACCCAGGUAUCCAAGGGUUUUACUGUGUAAUCUGCUGGCCACUUUCAUGUAGGCCACAGCUUGGUUUCUGUGCUUAUUUAGUGCAUCUUGCAUUAACUCUCUGCACAUUGUGCAUAUUAGUGAAAAGUUGUUCGACUGAUGCAUAUUUACAUUAUGUAAUCACUUGGAAAAUGGAAAAAAACUGGGUGUAUUGCUCACUUCAAACUUGUUAGUCAGGUUUGGUACCUGUGUUGUCCAAUCUAGGGACAUUAUUAAGCGGCGUCUUAUGUUCUUUGCCCUGUAUCUAAGUCAGCUCUAUCGGUAUACUUGUAGAGCAUUGCCAUUUUACAUAAUCUACCUUUUGUUCUUCAUGUACGCACAGCCACAUAAAAUGUGAGAAAAAAUCUUAUAAAGUUGUUUAGGCAGCUAUUUCAUAGACUUGUGGUGAUUUUGGGAUGAUUUUAUUUUUGUUAUUGCAGUACUGUACCUUGUGUAGGCUUUGUAUUCAAAAUGUAGUUUCAGUAAGAACAGCUUUUCAUGUUGUUGUCCCUUAGAAUAUAAUCAGUUUAGAAACAUCCAAAGCUGGUGGUGGUAAUGACAAAGGCCAAAGUUUGGGCGAGGAUGCCAGUGCUGCUGAUGAUGAUGGAAUACAUACAUGCCAGUGGCAAUCGAGCACAAAAAACAUUAAGUCCUACAUGUUUCAAUUUAUGAAUAAUAUUGUAAAUAUUGUUAUUGUAUUUCGAAUUGAUCAGUUUACCGCUUUGAAGGUUGCACGAUGCAAGAUAACUGUAAUUUUAAUUUGUUGCCUUCAAUGUUGGUAGGCAUUUGAUCGCGAGCUGUAUGCGAUGACAUUACCUCCUACAUUUCUCAUUUAAGAAGUGGGUGUUAAACAUGGUCGAUUCAAAAGGCCUAAUACCUUGUGUUUUAAAUGAGGUGGGCCUGUAAAAAUUAUGACACAAACUUUUCUGCCUUUCUGUUGAUCAUUCAUUUCAUCACGAAAUCGGAAGUUAUUUUGCCUUUCGAUGGGGCCAUGUUUUAAUUAAAACCAUGUACAAAUGCAUUCAUGAUAUUCCACGGUCAGGCUUAGUUGUUAACUAGUGUUUAAAAUAUAUUUUGGAGAGGCAGUUGAUGUUAUCAAGGAUAGAUAAAAAUUAAUCGACAAAAUACAAAUCUCAAAUUAUGCUUUCA